UAAAAUGCUUUCAUUCUUAGCGCGUUUGUGUCUGUGCUCGUACGCAUGUUUUCGCGCCAUUUUGUGUGCAAUUUAUAUUUUUAUUUUGCGCUGUCAAUGGAUGUGCUUUACUUGUUCAAUAACAAAUAGCAACAACUACCUAUAACAAUUGUUUCAGUUUAUUAUGCUUUGAGAAUAUUACACUAUGAAGAAUAAAAAAGGAGAUGUUACCAAAGCAACAGAUAAGGACCAAAAUGAAAGAAAUGUCAAUAAUAAUAUAGUGAAAGCAACCAAGCAAAGUAUUGCUAAUGACACGAACGUUCACAUAAUUUUCUUCGUCUGUAUAAUCGGUGUUACCCUGGGUAUAACUUUAGAAAUAAUAAAUGUACAAAAUAGAAAUGUUACCAAAGACGAGGUGUUUAGCAAGAACUACUGGGUAUAUUCGGCAUACUACGACGCGGAAAAUAAAAAUGGUUUGCUCAAGCACGUGCAUUUAGUUCUAGAAAGAUUUGGCUACAAGAAAACUUCGAACGAAACUCCAUGGGUGCUCCUAUGGUCUCACGACUAUCCUUUCAGAGUGCUGAACUCGAUUAUAAGUAAAUUGAAACCACACCAAAAAGUAAACCACUUUCCCGGAACGGGUUUCAUUACAAUGAAAGUCGACCUGGCAACAUCGAAUUCCACAUACAUCCCGAAGGCGUUCAAACUGCCCAAAAACAAGGAACAAUUUUUAAAAUAUGCCAGAGAGAAUAGUAAUGCAAUGUUUUUGGAAAAGCACAAUCAGCACCGAGGUGUGUACCUCAAAAACGUGAGCGAAAUAGAUUUGUCAAGUGGCGAAAGUUUUGUGCAGGAGUUCGUGCAAAAACCAUUUUUGGUGGACGGACAUAAGUUCGAUAUUGGAGUGUACGUUGCGCUGACUUCCGUUAAUCCUCUGAGGGUUUACUGGUAUAAAGGAGACGUUAUUUUUAGAUACUGCCCCGCGAAAUACUACCCGCUGGAUGCAAAGAAAUUGGACAAGUACGUGAUCGGUGAUGAUUAUCUGCCAACCUGGGAAGUACCAUCCUUGGCGCACCCGUACACUGCUUUAGGAUUCAGCAUGAAGGAUGCGUUUGAUCACUAUGCACAAUCCAAGGGCAAGAAUACGACACACAUGUGGGACGAAAUACAAAAAGCUAUUAGGGAAGUUUUUAUCAACAAUGAACAUCAUAUUAUAGAGGCGCUGAAAAAAUACAGAUCAGGCGAUAAUUUCUUUGAAAUGAUGCGUUUCGAUCUCAUAGUCGACGAGGACUUGAAAGUUUAUUUAAUCGAAGCGAACAUGUCACCAAAUUUAAGUUCAGCUCAUUACCCGCCAAAUCAGUUGCUUUACGAACAAGUUUUGUAUAAUCUAUUCUCUUUGACGGGAGUCGCCAAUCAUAUGGGCAAUCUGAGUGACCAAAUCGCUGUACAGAACAUGAUAUCAGCUCAGAAAAACAUCGCAGUGUAUAGCAAAGAAUGUAGUACAACUUGUAAAGAUAAUUGUGAUGCGACAGCUGCAUGCGCACUGUGUAAACCAUGCCUAAACAACAAAUUGAAAACUGCAUUGUUGACAGCUCAUAAAGAACACAUACAUAAGGGUGAUUUUAGAAGACUGUUUCCUCCAGCAAUGCAACAAAACGACAAAAACAUCGUAGAGAAAAUAAAAGAUCUGAACGAAAUGAACAAACUUCAAUACAUAUGGUAUCAAGGAAAAUGUAAUAUUGAUGAAACAUGGUGUGUCUAAAAUAAACCCAUAUUGAUAUUCAACUUUAUUUAUUGCUAUCCAAAAAUAAACCUUUACACAAACA